UCUCUCACAGCUACCGAUGAGUCGCACCCUCCGGACCUCCCUCACCUGCUGUACAGAAUAGACGCGUCCCUCUGAUCGUUCAUGCGCAGCGCAAUGAUCAUCAACAAUAAAUUCAGGAAAAAUGGGCAUGGCGCUGGAGGUGGACGGCUCUUUACAACAGUGCGGACGAUUGGAUACAUCCGUUUCGGACACAUCGCGGGCGCCCGAGGGUCCCACAGAAAAAUCAACUGCUUUUGAACCAAAUCCGGAUUGCUCCGCUCACGUGAUUUUCACGCUGCAUCGGGCCCUUUCAAUCGUCCUUCUCAGGUCCUUCCCCGAUCGUGCCUCACAUUCGCGACCUGAACCAGCCUUCGCUUGCAUUUUUUCUGCGCUAGCUGACCGACGACGCGACGCUCGUGCGACUGAUACUCUCUUGGUCGGGGAACCGGCUUUACUACCGCUUAUGGAAAUUAUUGCACAACAGCAACAAAUUGGCACUUCAAUUCAGCCAUCAACAAUUCGACUUGACCAUACAGCACUCAGCACAUGCUUCGCCGCCUACCAACCGCCUCAAACGGGCCUCCAGACGUCGCUCAUGGCCCACUGUGGGUUGCUCUGCGCGUCAACCUCCGACUUGUGUUCGACAUGGCCGUACUGGCGUCGUUUCAUUGGUUCUGCAGCACGACGUCCAGCCUUCUCGGGGUCAUAUGUUCUUCGCUUCACGUACCAAUACAAUACAUGGUCUAGCGCCCGGGCAGGUCCCUAUUGAACACCGACGACAUGUGCUGUUGUCGCCGUCCAGUCUCGUCUGCAUAUGACCUCUCGACCCAUACAAGCCGGUCGGACGACGUGCCCCACCUCGCGAGCGCCGCUG